AUGCCUCGUACAAGAGCAUCUGCACCUGCAAACGAGACUGAAGAGAUCUCUGAGGUCGAGCAGAAGCAGAAAUUGACCCCUGCUGGAAAGCCCAGCAAGACUUUCAUCCUGCCAUCCUCAACCAGUGCUAAUGCGCGCUUGCUCUCCCUUCCUAAUCCUCAGUCGGGCGAGCUAACUCGUUACUUCUUCUGUCCGGAGCGCGGUAUCUACGAGUUUACCGUGAUCGCCUCGCCUACUACAGCGCCUCGCAGCAUUCUAAUCACCCCUCGCACGCGUCAAACGACGACCGCGUCGCCAGACGAAGAAACCAAUACCCAGACAACUUCAAUUGCGAAGAAGGCCGAACUCCUGGUGGCAACUCCAAUUGAUUCAAUCUUCUUUUUGAUUGCUCUCUUCAAUGCCACCUCUAAAUCGGGUCAAUCAUUAUUCCAGCCACUGGACGAUAUCAUCGAUUCAAACGACGACCUACCACAACAUCUCCGCAAUGUUCUCUACGAUGACACCUUCCGCAGCACCCUUUUGAAACGCGCGGAAGCAAUUUGCGAUACUGUGGAAGCUGGGGAUGAGAAGAUGCUACGCUUCAGCGAAGCAAAGCUACUCAAUGAAUUGGUCGCAAAGGCAGAUCGUUUGGCGACUGAAGGGCUGCCUGCCAGUUUGGAAGAGCGGUUCGUUCGCCAGCCAUUGGCCCCGCCACUCAUGUCGGUCAAGCGAGAGGAUGCCCUCACCGGUCAGGUACAUGUCAAUGGAGAUGCAAGCUGCAAAUCAGAGGAACAGGACUCCCCAUCAACAGCGGCCACAUCUGCAACACCUUCCGUGUCAACGCCAGCAGGCGAAUCUACACCAGCUCCCCAGCCACCCACGGACAACUCUACCUCGGACAAGAUCGUUCACUUGCAACGAGUCUCCACUGCUUUGACGUUCAUGAAAGAUUCAUAUCUGCCAGCCACCCUCUGCUCUCGAAUUGACGAGAUGCUCGCGUCCCCAGAGAGCCCUCUGGAUUUCAAGCCCCUGACGGAUCGCAUUAGGGAAAUCGCUGCGCUCCGCGCUGAAGCCCUCGCGUCGCGUACACUGACCGACUUCAGUCGCAAGCGCGGUCUGGAUGACGAGGAAGUGGAGUCUCGCGCGGAGAAGAAACGCAAGAAGGAAGAUGAAGAUAAAAAGGCCAAGGCUUUAGAGUCUCGUGGCGUUCGCGAUCUGAAGAAGGUCAACACGACCGGCAUGAAGAAGAUGAGCGACUUUUUUGGGAAGGCCGCUCCUAAGAAGAAGACCUGA